AUGCCACAGCUUUUCCCAACCAACCCCUCUGCGACCAUGGUGAUUCGCCAUGUGACGCCAGAAAUCGUUACCAUGAGUCUGCCAUUCGCGCGAUUUGGACACCUGCAAUUCGGUGGACGAGGCACACUAGUCAAACUUUCCACCGGUUCCCUCGCGGUUUUCUCGCCCGUCACCUUGACCCCCGAAGUCCGCGAGACAAUCGAAUCCCUCGGCGGAAAUGUGAAGUACAUCGCCGCCCCAGACCUCGAACACCACCUACAUAUCACCCCAUGGAAGCAAGCAUACCCACAAGCGGAGAUUCUAGCACCAGAAGGCCUCUUUGAGAAGCGGCAGUCAAAUCCCCAAUUCCAAGACACCCUCUUCGAGCACAUUUUCAAAAAGAGUGACCCGCUCCCCCGGACGAUCUCGAAGGAGUUUGACGCCGAGUUCGACACGGAGUAUGUUCACGGCCAUGGCUCGCGUGAACUUGUCUUCCUCCAUAAACCUUCCCGUACCCUUAUCGAGGCCGAUAUGCUGUUCAACUUGCCUGCUACCGAGCAGUAUUCCAGGACACCGGAAGCAUCGAAGAUUAACUUUUUGACGAGGAUUUUGCUGCCCUUGAUGUCAACCAAGCCCCCUGCUACCUGGCACAGGCGCUUCGCAUGGUACAUCCUCUCUUCGCAUGAUCGUACUGCGUUCAACGAGUCGGUCAAUAGGAUUGAUCAAUGGAACUUUGAUCGCUUGAUCCCGUGCCAUGGUGAUACCAUCGAGACUGGAGCUAAAGGGAUUUUCCGCGAUGUCAUGGCAUGGCACCUUGCGAAGAAGGACAAUUAG